GGAACAGACGCGAAACUUUGAUACGGUUGUAGCGGACCGAAACGGACGCGAGAUGCGGGAUUGAAUCUGAUUUAUGAGUAGAGGAAUUUCAAUUCUAAUUUCUACCGCUUCGAACUUUGCGAUUGCGAAUAAGCAAGAAGAAUAAAUGGGCUCACUCGGAGGAAGAGGGAGAGUAAGCUCAAGAUCGAACUGGGUCUGAAGUCUGCUCGGUCUUCGUUGCAAUCCUCGAGGAGAACCCGAGAGAGUGCAGUGGUGGAAGAAAUGGCCAAGUCUAAGGGAUCCUGCUUUCGCAUAAUGUCUUGCGCCUGCAGAGAUUCUGCCUCCUCCGACGAGCUCCUUUUGCUGGAGAGCAAAGCCUCAUCAGAUAAGUCUCGGUGGAGUUUUCGGAAGAGAUUAUCUGGGCCUCGAGUGCUGAGCAAGAAUGCCAUUUUGGAGCCUGACACUGGUGACUAUAAUAAGGAUAGUUUGGAGGCAAUCUCAAGUAGUUUCAAUUCAGGACCAGCACAAUCAUCCACUGCAGUCAAUUCCAAAGUUUCUGCAAUAGUUGGACUAAAUGGUGCCAGCAAUGACGAAAAUAUUCAGGAAUUUGCAGCUAUUAUCAUCCAGGCAGCUAUUAGGGGCCAUCUGGCUGUAAAAAGACUUAGAGAGGUUAAGUAUGUUAUCAAGUUGCAAGCUGCUGUGCGUGGACACCUGGUCAGAGCACAUGCAAUUGGUACUUUACGCUGCAUCCGAGCAAUUACCAAAAUGCAAGCAAUUGUUCGGGCUCGUCUUGCAAGUCCGUUGCAUGAGAAGGUUGUUGGCAUAGCAGAUAAAAAACUUGGAACGAACAGAAAUAGCUUAUACCUCCUGGGAAAAUAUAACAGCUGCGAAGGAACUAAAAGUUCUUAUUCAACGAAGAAGCUUCUUUACAAUAGAUUUGCUCAGAAGAUGCUAGUCUCCGCACCAAAUACCAGGCCUAUCUAUAUAAAGUGUGAUCCUUCAAAAUCAGAUGCGGUAUGGAAAUGGCUAGAGAGGUGGAUGACAAUAGUCAGUUCACACACUGAAGAAGAAAAUAAUGAAAUUUUCAAUCCUGCUGAUAAAGAAGCCGGGAAAAGCCCCAAUUUAGCUGGCAAUGAAGAAAAGAAAAACGAUUCAGCUAAUUCAAAAUCAGGUCCGAGUGAAUUUGUGGUAACAUCUGACUGUAAAAGUGAUCUGAAUGCGACAAGUGAGAGUAAUCUAGGAAUUAGAUCUUCUGAUUGUCUUUCUGGCAGUUGCGUCAGUUCAGUAGAGAAGGAUGAAGAAUGUGAUACUGAGAUUAGAGAAGUUUCUAAACAAUCAGCUCUUGCACCACAACGACCAGAUGGUUAUUCUUCCAAUAAAAACGAAUCUAAAGGCAAUAAUUUGAAUAACCCUUCAAAAAAGGAGCAACAUGGACCAUCAGAGAUUGAAGCACAAAAGUUUGCUAUCCGGUCACGGAGGCCCUACAAUCCAGCAUUUGCUGCUGCUCAUUCAAAAUUUGAAGAGCUGACCUCUAAUACCAAAAAAGUCAAGUGUAUUAGCUCUGUUAGUUCCGCUUAUCAAGAUUCUGCAGCUGAUGCAAGGGUUGGUAAUUAUCAUUCCCAGGUGAAUAUGCAUAAGGAAGCCGCACGAGAUCCUGUUAUUCAAGUUGCUGCUUCUGAAUGUGGGACGGAAAUUUCUAUUUCCUCCACGCUAGACUCACCAGACAGAUCAGAAACCGAGUGUGGAGAAAUUAUUUUGGAAAUAGGCUCAAUUGAUAAACAUAAUUAUGAUGAUGCUACUACUUGUUCUGAUAAUCUUUUCAUUCUUGCAAAUAAGGGAGCUGAAUGGCAAGAAAGCGAACCAAACAAGCUUGAGGAAGCUCUAAUAUAUGCACCCCCUUCAUCUGGAGCUCUUGAUAUGGCUCUAUCAGCGCAACAACUGGCUCCUUCUGUUGAAGGAACUCCUAGAAGUCACGCUGCUGCACUUGAGCCAUAUGGUACUCCAUCAAGUGAAAUUUCAGUAAAUGCUGGAAGUAGAAGUAAAGAUUGCAACACGCCCAGCCAGAGGCAGAGGCUUACAGGAGCUGGAAGAAAACUUGCCUCCAGAGCUACUAGUGAUUCUACUGCAAGACAGAGCAGUGAAAAUUUAUCAAAUGGCUCAAAGAAUGAAAAAAUGAAGAAAUCUGCUGUAGUCUCUGGAACUGAUCUUGAUGAUGAGCCCAGAAUGAGCAAUAGCAACAGCAGUUCCCUUCCAAGUUACAUGCAAGCUACCAAAUCAGCCAGGGCCAAGGUCUAUGCAAAUAAUUCUCCAAAAUCAAGCCCAGAUUUGCAUGAUAAAGAUAAUCGCAUUAAGAAAAGGCAUUCCUUCCCUAUUGUCGAUGGAAAGCAGGCUUCAUCCCCACCUAAGCAGCGGCUCACACCAAGAGCUCCACAGAAUCCAAAGAGCGAUGGCAUUCAUGCCCCUCAUACUUCUGCUGAAAGGAGAUGGCAACGAUGAUUUCGAAUCUUUGAUCCCUUUCAGAAAGGGCGCUUCAGGACUAAAUCGCUAUCAUGUGGCAACUCAUCAAAAAGGCAUUUUCAUUAUGCUUUCAAGUGUCUAUAUAUAGAGUACUCUAGUUUUUCAGGAUUGUGUUCCCUCAUUGAAACCAGUAAACAUGUUUGAUAUAAGCUAAAUAUGCUAGUUUCGUGAUUAUACUGUAAUAAGUUGAAAUGAUAUAAGCUAUUUCUCUUUUUAUAAA